AUGUUUGGCCUGGAGGAUUUAUCAGUCAAUUUGCGAGAUAAUAAUUUCCUUUUUGCAAAUAAGAUUCAAGCUGAUUUCGAUUUUGGGGCCAUUCUUUGUUGGCAUGAGGAGAUGAGAAGCAGAACUUUUGUAAAUAAGGGAUUGAAAAGAUUGAAUAGUACAUUCUAUCAAAAUUGGCCUCAAACACGCUUUCACAAAGAAAUGAUAAAAACAGGCAAAGUGGAUAUUGAUAAAUUUAAUUGUGAUAUUAAUAAAAACUAA